AAGAGAGUAAAGACGCACUGCAUUUGGCACAAACAAAUGGUAUCCUCAUAUUACUUUUACCAAAAAAAAUAAGAAUUAAGUUAUUUUGAAGAAGUCUCUCUGACUGCUACUUCAGACAUGUUUUUCAGUACAGUUGGAUGUCAUCCUACAAGAUGUGAUGAAUUUGAAAAGAACAACCCUGAUCUUUACUUAAAGGAGCUGCUAAAUCUUGCUGAAAAGAACAAGGGGAAGGUGGUAGCCAUAGGGGAGUGUGGGCUCGAUUUUGACCGACUACAGUUUUGUCCCAAAGAUACUCAGCUCAAAUAUUUUGAAAAACAGUUUGAACUCUCAGAACAAACAAAAUUGCCAAUGUUUCUUCACUGUCGAAACUCACAUGAUGAAUUCUUAGACAUAAUGAAAAGAAACAGAGAUCGAUGUGUAGGUGGGGUGGUGCAUUCAUUUGAUGGUAGCAAGGAAGCAGCAGCUGCUUUGAUUGACUUGGAUCUCUAUGUAGGAUUUAAUGGUUGGCCCAGAAACUGAAUUCAAGGAGCUGGUAUAAAAUAGCUACAAGGGUGGAAGCCAGGGUCCUCUGGCUUCUCAUUUGGUGACCUUUCUGCAAUUAUAACCACACCAAACCUCAUGUGCCCAAUUCAGUCAGCUAGCACGGGUGGGUCCCUGGGCUCACUUUCUUCCAAAUAAUUUGAUGAGUUUCUACCAGUCUUUACAAGAUGUCAGCGUAGCUCAUAAGUAAACUGUGACCCCUUCACUAGUUUUAUUUCCUUAAAAUUAUUACUUUUCUGAUGACAUAAUUUUCU